CUUCUCACUAGAACUCCAGGAAAUUCAUCUUGAAGUUAGUCGCUAAUGGGUAUAUAUAUAUAUCAGAGUAGAAACCAUUAGUUAGUGUGGUUUGGUAAAUUUCUCGUUGGUCAGAUAUUUGAUCCAUUGAAACAUGCGCAAACAGUUUAUAUCCAGUCUUUGAAUAGAUCAUUAUUAAAUACUGUUAUAGAAGUGAUGUAGCAUUAAAAAAAUACUGAUUACAACUUAUUAAUACUUGAGUGUAAAUUGUAAGUUAGCUUUCACUAAAAUUAAGUUUACUGGUUUAUGACAUCAUCUUUAAAAAAUUAAACCUAAGGACUUAAUGCUUUGCUCAGAACACUUAGUUGACUACUAAAAUGAUGCAGUAUUUCUAAUGACCACCUUAAAUCCAUCAGUCAUAUUUUUUAGUGGUGCUAAAUUCUUUGAACUUGAUUGUUUGAUUGCAGACCCUUCAUUGUUAUUCUCGAGAUCAUCAUCAUAAUUCAUUGGUUCAGAACGUUAAUAAAUGUUACACAGAUAGAAUUUUUAUUUUCAGAUAGUGGAACAAACAUUUUUAUUCGACUAAAAUAUGCUAUCCACCAUCUCAGUUUGACCUAUCUUGCUAUGAUCAAUAGCUUAGAGGAAAUACUUAUAUUCCUUUUAAUUGUGAUAAACUAACUUAUUUACACCAAAAUAAUUACCAUAAUUUGACUAUGCAUUUAUAUCCAUUAAUUUCACUAUGAUGAUAUCAUUUAGAUGUUACAAUCUGUCUUCCUUCAACUUUGUGAGAAUGGAUAGUUCAAUGGUAGCUGACAGAUGAAUCUAGAACAUUAGAGUCAUCCUAUUUUGGGAUUUCGCGGCUAAGUGUAUCCUUAUGGUUGAUGUGUAUACGGAAACUGAAACUCAGUGUCCUACUCUUAAGACUUCGGUAAGUUAUUGACUAAUCAACUGAGUUACAAUAGGAUAAUAAUCUCUUUCUUAAUUAUGUAAUAACUGCAUAGAAAACACUAAUGAGUCAAAUGAAUUGACAUUUUGAAGAAAAAAAAUUGUAUCGAUCACUUUCCAAUCAUCAUUUCACUUGUAUUGAAAUUAUUAUCACUUGAUAGAAUACCGGAAUAUCUGAAUUGGUAAAAUGGAUAUAUUUUUCCUCAAGAAUUAAUCCUCGAAGUGAAUUAUUCCUGGAACCUAUUUCUGCUUCUAAUAGAUUUCAUAUAUUGUAAUAGUAUAGCUGACCGAUCACAAAAUUAAUUGAAAUUAGUGGUUACCAUGUUAAUUUCUUUUCAACUUUGUUAUAAUGUUUUGGAUCAAGACACAGUGAUGAUUUUCAUAAACUUCAUUUAAUGUAUUUGUCAAUGAAAAUGUAACUCAUGUCUAUGAAAACUCUAUCUCUUCAUAAAUACAUGACAUAAUUUCAAUGUUAAAAAUAUUUUUUCUGCCCAGUGAAUAUGUGAACAACAACUAAACAUUGAACUUUUGAUGUAAUUUGAGAAAAAAUAUUUAGGAAAUAAUCUAAAUGUUAUGGGCUAUUUGUGAAGAUAAACCAAUUAAUAAAAUGCCACUUUCUAAAUAAUUUGGGUGCUUUGGUGCUUUAGGCUACAAUAACGAUGAGAAGACAGCUGAAGUUAUUUUAUGAGAAUUCCCAUGGAUGUUCAAGAAAACUGAAGUAGAGAAAAAAUAUUUUCUAAGACGAUAAAAUGGAUAUAUCUAAAAUUUUGUAAAAAUGUGAUUUUUAUAACUAUUUGUUGGAUAAUUUAUGUAUAAUCAAUAUUUUUCUGUAGCUUAUCUAAUGUAGAUUAAAAUACUAGUUUGCUUAAGUAAUAGACAAGAAGAACAUUCUAUCCUUCAACUCUUAAAUGUACUUGUCCUAAUAGUUAUCUGUCAAUCGUUCACAAAAAUAGGCUUAUCAAAUCCCUUUUUAAAAAAAUAUAUGUUUAUAUAAACACACAAAAAAUAGAUCUGGCACAUUCUCUUUUUUCAGUUUUCAUUUUAGAUCCUAUAAUCAAAUUGAGGAAAAUACUUCAAUUUGAUUGGUCAGAUGAACUACAUUCUGGUUGGUCAUUGAAAUAUUCCCAAUUAAGUAAUUACUCUUAACUUAUACCCAUUAUAACUGAUCAUGAUAAGCAUAUAUAUAUAUAUAGAGAGAGAGAGAUAAAACAUUUAAAAGAGGGAUUUUUAAAAAUAAAAGUUAAAAUAAAGGUCAAAUCACUUUAGUCAAUAAUAAAUAAUCUAAUAAUUAUGAUACAAUGGACAUUUAAUCCUGAAAGAGAUUCCUUCAAAAUAACAGUAAAAUGUAAUUGAAUGAUCAUGAUUGAAACGAUCGGAAUUAUAAACAUUGAUGCUUUUAAACAAAAAAAAUAAGAAUAACCAUUACAAUUGAGAAUAAUUUGAAUGAUCAUUACUUGAAUAAAGCAUAACUCUUGAUCUUUUACUAUUUUUAAUAAAUAAAAAAAAUAUCGUCCAACCCAAAUGUACAUUGAGUCCUCUGCAGGUUACACCAAAAAACGGGGUGGUCGUAGCCAUACAGCUACAGCUUAUGGGCCAGAUAGUAUAAUGACAGGAACUCAUUGGUCUGGAGCCUCAUUAAAAAAUAAAACCCGCAAAACUCUUGUAAAUCAACCACAAUCCGUACCACAAUUAUCAGCAAUGGCAAAUAUAUCCCAAAAACAACAGCUAGAUUUUCGUUCAUUGAAUGGUUCAUUACCAUUGAAUAAUAAUCAGUUUCAUUUUCUAAAACGUGACUCAUCAUUUGUUUGUAGCAGUAGUCUAGGACCGAAUACUACAGUUACAGAACGUGAAUGGGUUGAUGAUCUACGAAAGAAAUCAAUUCCAGAAAUUCAAACUGCUCAGACAUCCCUUGAUCUACUUUAUGCACCUCACCCGCUAACUAAAAAUAUUUUAAACAAUAAUAAUAACACUACUAUCAAUAUUACUACUUCUUCUGGUACAACAUUUUCUAAUAAUAAUAAUGGUAAAGAAAUGUGUUAUUCGAAUGAACCAAAAGAAUCAAGAAGUUUAUCAAAUGAUAUAGCAUUGCGAAUAAAAGAGAAAUUUGAUCAACGUGUAUCAAAGCAUUUAUCAAAAUCUAAACAAAAAACAAAGUCAAAUAUAUACACUUAUACAUCACAAUAUCACUUACUUGCAGUAUUUCUAGUUAACAAAGGUAAUGUAGAAGCAUGGUAUGCAUAUGCACCAAUGCCAAAUCACUACAGUAAUCAACAAAAUGAACUAGGGCAUACUCGUUUAUUAGAAUUAACACAACGUCGAUUACGUUUACUUCAACGUUAUUAUUCUGAUUCCAGACAGUAUGUUGUACUCUAUGUAAAUAAUAAUAAUUCUGAACAUUAUUUACCAAUGGGAUUAGUUAGUGAUGUGAAUAGUAAACCAAGUAGAAAUAAAAGUCAUACCUUAUCAAUAAAUAGAGAGCUAUUUCAAAGGGAUCGAUCAAUUUAUCGAUUUAUCAAUUCAUUAUUACCAAAUAAAAUGAAAUUUGUAAAUACUACUGGUAAUAACAACAGUAGUGAUAAACAGACAAUUGUAGAUAAAAAAGUUAAUAGUACUCUAUCCAUAAAUGAUGAGAAGUUAACAAAUAAAAUAGAAGAAAAUCAGCAUCAAUUGAGACGACAACAACAGCAACAAACGAAUAAUAAUCAAAUUGAAGAGAAACAGUUCAGUGAAACAGAACAACUAGUCAAAGCAACGAAUUCAAUAAAUCAUCGGCCGAACCUUUGGACAAGGUUACUUGAACAUUUUAUAUCCCAUCAUCAAUCCACUGAAAGUAGUACUAUUAGUAGUAAUAAAAAUAGUUAUAAAGAUGAUGAUAAUAAUAAUAACAGUAUUAAUGUUGAUCGAGAAAAUUGUCCUGACAAUACUAAUGAAAAAUUUGAUUUCAAGUGUUAUGUAAAGUGUUUGCAUUUGGACAGCUGUCUAGUCAAACAGUUUAGUACUUGUACUGAGAAGGCAGAUAAACCUGUAACACCAACGUCGACUACAAUUACGAUGAAUGUUACUAAGAAUGUAUAUAAAAAUAAUUUUAAUAUUGAUCAAUGUAGCGAACACGAUGAGAAUAAUUAUCGAAGUAUGAAACAGAAGGAUUGUCUUACUUCAUUUAAAACGAAAACAACAAAUGAUGAUUUAUCAAGUGUGCACCAAAUCUGUACUGAUGACAAGUUAUCUGACGUUAGUAAAUAUUAUGCCGACAGUCAACAAAACAUUGAUAUUAAAGAUGAUCAAGAAAAAUGUGAAAUUAAACAAAUCAAAAAAUUAUCAGAUUGUAAGGAAAUUUGGUUGCCUAAAUUUUACGAUUUGUAAAUUUACUGGUAAGUUUAUGUAGUAAAUGAAAAUAGUGAGUUAUUCAUACAUUUAACUUUAGUUUAAGAGUAAUUUGUUUGAUACUUUAUAUUAAAUGGAUGAACAGAUACCUUUUAUCUCACAAAACAUAUCUUUUAUAAAUAUCUUAUUCUCAUAUUUUAUUAAACACUAAAGAACGUAGACAAUACGUUUAACUAAUAGAUAGACUGUUACUUGAAAUGAAAUAAAAGGAUGCACGUCCCAUCCGAACUGGGACAUGUCAUAUGGGUGUACCCACAUCCUUGUGUUGAUGUUCACGCCUGAACUAGAACCCAUUAAGUUUCUAUGCGAUUGCUCAGUGAGUUAUCUAUUGGGCUGCUUAAUCUAGAUGGCCACUAACUUGUGAAACGAGUAGGAAUUCGUCUUAAUUUGUUGUGCUUAUUGAUGUUCUUGAGAAAAUUAUAAUCAGUCUCAAAUAGGAAGGAAUGUGUGUCCUGGAUUCUACUGUUAGUCACAAUCUGUCUAUUCUAUAAAAUUCAUGGCAUAAUGGCUAUAUCUGCCCGAUCCACACAAAACGAUUCGAUUGCUAACAAAUCAUGAAUAUGAACAAGAUAAUUCAAACCAUAACAAACUAAAAGUUUCUUUUCAGAAACAUGUGUUACACCAAACGCUAACUUGAAAUGAAGCUACAAACGUAAAACUAGCUUCAACUCAUGAGUUUAUAAUUGAACCAGUCAUUUCUAAACACCUACUUGUGAUAGAACCCCUAGCGGUAAAAAGACUUAACGAAAUAGCAGCAUUAUUGAGAGGUAUAUAAAUAAGAUAAAACGACUUCCCGAUACCCUCUCGUUUUCAAUGAUCACUGUGAUAACACUCCUAGCGUCGAAUUCGACGGAUCUGCACAAGUUUCCUAUAUUAGUGGCAACCAUGUGCUCCUUACGGAUUGAUUUCGAGAAUUCUUGGAGUUUUGAUGAGAAGCCAUUGCCAAUAAAACUCAGCUAUGUCCGGCAUAGGACGUGUAAUUUGUGGUAUUUGCCUAACGACCCUCGAAAUAAGAACUACUGGUCUAAAACUGACGCGUCUCCUAAAAGCCCUCAAGGUUUUGGGUCUAGUCUCUGUGAGGGUCCUCACUGCCCACUACUGAGGAGUCACAUACGAGAUCGGAUGUUACUCAAUUAUCCCGAUUGCCAAGUUAAAGUCAGUCGAUGGCAUAAACUGAAAGAUCUUCACAACUCUUCGUUAUAUUUGGUGGUUAUCGUUUGCUUAGAAGUUUACCAGAGAGUUGAUAAAAAAUUGUAAGAUGAAAAGCAAUAGAUUCUCUGUGUGCAGAGCAGAUAAUUUUUGUUCUUAGUUUGAUUAACUGCAUUCUUUUAAAAGAAAUGAACACAUACAAGAAACGUUUGUCCUUCUGUUCUGCUUGAGAUCAUUAUUUUUUUCGCUAUACCUAUAUCAUUUCUCCUCUUUGAUUAAUUUCAAAUGAUCAUGUUUAGAUAUAUAAAAAUAACAUCAGAUAUUUUCUCACUAAAAAAUAUUACUCAAUUCAUGAAAUGUUUUUGUGAUUAUAUUUGGCAAUCAAACUAUGCCUAGAUCUGAGAACUACCGACCUAAUCAAAAAUACUCGCUAACAAGUAACACCGUUGCAUGCCGGCUCAGUGGUCUAUCGGCUAAGUGCUCUGGCUCGAGACUGGUAGGUCCUGGGUUCGAAUCUCGCGGGCACGGGAUCGUGGGCGCGCACUGUUGAGGAGUCCCGCAAUAGGACGAAACGGCCGUCCAGUGCUUCCAGGUUUUCGAUGGUGGUCUAGCUUCAAUUGUCCCAUGAUUUCAACUGUGAAAAUAAGCUUUGUUAACAAUAAAUCAUUUACAAGUUGAUGAAUUUAAAUGUCAGUGAUACUGGAAGACUAUUUCAUUGAAAUAUCACUUAUAAUCACUCUUUAUUGGUGUGUAAUAUUCAAUUUUAUAAACAUCCUCAUUGAUCGAAGAUCUGUUAUUUCCUUGAUGAUAUUAUCCAUUUAUUAAAUGGCAAAGUAAAACUGACAUGUAUAUAGCUUUAACAAACUUCAUACUCAUAAUUUUAUUUCUCCUUCCUUUAUCCCAGUACUUUCUUUUUUUCGAUGUUCUCAACAGAUCUCAUCGAUUAGAUUUUCAAACAUGAGGAAUUCACAAGACAGUGAAAGACGAUCAGAUCGGUUGAGAAAGAAAUCCUAAUCAAAUGUCAUUGCCUUCUUUAAUAAAGUCAUGAUUAGUUGAUAAACAAUAAACAACAAUAGUAAUUGAAAUCUUUUUUACAAGUCACUAUUUUCACUGACACUAGUACAUAUAUUUCAAUAAAAAUUACUUUGAUACUAAUGCUCAAAUAUUGUGAAUAAAAGUCCAUAUUACUGAACUACAAGAAUUUCUUGUUUAUUGUAUGACAAUCUUCUAUAAUUUGAUUACCUAAAUGAAAACUGGUAAAUAGAAUAUCCAUCUAUGCAAAUUUGUAUCCAAUUUUGAAAAGAAAGAUAAUACAAUAAAUUUGAACCAUCAGUAUGAA